AUGAAUGCUACAGAUGUUCAGGAGGCACGUAAAGGUUCAUAUGAAUGGAAAAAGGACCAUUUAACACCGGAACAAAUGCGUCGAACUAUGGACAAUGAGGGAAGUUAUAGUGGUAUACCUGCUAUUCCAAGCGACAUUGGUUACAGCAGUGGUAAAGACACUGGAGGAAAGAAGAAAACUGGUGUAUUUUCUCAAGUAAUGGGUAACCCAGGUGUAAUUUUGGGAAUGGGUCUCACCACGCUGGCCUUACUUGGCAUGUUCAGAUCGUCCUUCAUUGGUGACAAACUGGGAGCACAAAAGUAUAUGCGUUACCGAAUCAUCGCCCAAUUCCUCACCGUAACAGCUCUUGUUGCGGGAGUUACUAUUUUUGGAGUCACAUAUGAGGAUAAAAGUGUUGUGAAAUCCGGCGAGGCUGUACAGAAAUCCUAA